AUGGCAGCGUCUAUGAGAAAGGCUGCACAUGAAAUUACCACGCGAAAACGCACAGAUGACGUUCUUGUAUCCGAGGAUGUCGAAUUUAGUUCCCUACUUCUUUCAAACCCGGUUCUCGAUGGAUUAUCUGCGGCUGGGUUUCAGAGACCGUCUCCAAUACAACUAAAGGCCAUUCCGCUUGGAAGAUGUGGACUAGACCUUAUUGUUCAAGCCAAAUCUGGCACUGGAAAGACCUGUGUAUUUGCCACUAUAGCCUUAGAGUCUUUGGUCUCUGAGAAUACAGCUACCCAGGUUCUGGUACUGGCCCCCACCAGAGAGAUUGCCGUGCAGAUUCACUCAGUAAUCAUGGCCAUUGGCUGUGCCAUAGAGGGCCUGCAGUGCCAUGUCUUUAUAGGGGGCACACCUGUGAACCAAGACAAGAUCAACCUGAAGAAAUGCCACAUCGCUGUUGGAUCGCCAGGACGCAUUAAGCAGCUGAUUGAGAUGGGUCUCCUGGUAACGUCUAGUAUCCGUCUCUUUGUCCUUGAUGAGGCUGACAAGCUCCUGGAACAGGGCAGCUAUCAGGAUCAAGUCAACUGGAUCUUCUCCUCUCUGCCAGAGAACAAACAGAUGCUGGCCCUCUCUGCCACUUACCCAGAAUACUUGGCCCAGCACCUGACGCGUUACAUGAGGGAGCCCACGUUUGUCCGACUGAACCCCACUGACCCUGGGCUGAUUGGGUUAAAGCAGUAUUACAAACUCGUACACUCCAAUCCUCUGCCUCACAAAGUCUUUGAGGAAAAGGCCCUUCACCUCCUGGAGCUCUUUAGCAAAGUCCCUUUCAAUCAGGCCCUGGUCUUCUCCAACCUCCACAGCAGAGCUCAGCACCUUGCAGACAUCCUCUCCUCCAAGGGCCUGCCAUCUGUCUGCAUCUCAGGCAGUCUGAGUCAGGACCAGCGGCUGGAGGCCAUGUCCAAACUGAAGCAGUAUCAGUGUCGAGUUCUCAUCUCCACUGACCUGACGUCCAGAGGAAUAGAUGCAGAGAAGGUGAAUAUGGUUGUUAAUUUGGAUGUACCCCAGGACUGGGAGACCUACAUGCAUCGCAUAGGCCGUGCGGGUCGCUUCGGCACUCUUGGUAUUGCCGUGACCUACUGUUGCUAUGGUGAGGAGGAGAACAAAAUGAGGGCCAUCGCACAGAAAUGCAGUCUAAAUCUUACGGAAUUACCAGACCCAAUCCCAUCAGGGCUUAUGGAGGAAGCUAGUGACUGGAAUGUCACCAUUGAACCUCCGUCUAAGACUCAACUGGCGCUUCUUGAAGUUCCCAGAUUGGACAAAAAGAAAAAGGCCAAGUCUGAACCAAAGGUGCUCAAAUCCUCUACGGAUACACCCCCUUCUGAUCCCAUUGGUACAUCCAAGAACCAGGAGCCCAGUGGGGCAGCAGGCAAAACAAAAAAACCUACCCCUGUCUCUGAUACCUUGGUCUCUUCGCCCAGAAUGAGAGUUACAGUAUCCCCAGAGCCCAACCGGAGCCUCACACGGAAAGAGAUGCAGGACGCCCUCCCCAAAAUUCCCCCUCUACCCUCAUUCAAACCCCGAGGGGGUAAGCUAGUGUCCUUUGAGAAGGCCGUGGCUGAUUUUGAGAGCUUCAUUACAGAUGGACCUGGUAGAUCUGUGGAGAUCAUUCGGCAGUAUCAGAGUCAUGGAGAAGACAGUGGCACCUGCAACGGGCAGCAUAAAAAAGGCGAGGAAAAAGAACACAGGGUUAUACAAUAUGGACACACUGAGUCUCACAUUUUGCUGGACGGAGAUCAUCCUCCUCUUCAGGGAGUGUCCAAAAUGUCCUCUCGCCCCUCGCCUACCUCUGGAUUCACCUCAGACAGUUCCUCUUCCUCCUCGGACUCUGAGUCUGACAUGCAGGUGGAAAGUAGAAUAGAAACCCCCACGUCCAACUCUUUGUCAGGCCCUCCAAAACAGACAGUUUUCAAAACUGACCCUGAAAACAUAGCAGGCACAGCAGCCAGGCAUGGCAAGUCUAGACAGAGUCCAAUCAAACCUGCCAGUCAGACCCCUCAUCGCUGGAAAGCUUCACAAACCUGCCAGUCAACCUUGAAAUCAGAGGAGAAAGGCUCAGUGAAAAAGCCUAGAGCGGACAGGUCCUCCAGAGGGAGGCAGAGAAAGACGACAGACGAUUCGGAUGAUAUGCCAGGGGAGGAGGAGGAGGAGGUGCAGGAUUACUGGAGGGCAUAUUACCGAGCCUGGCAGAACUACUAUGGCUCUGUGUCUCCAGCGUAUCAACAUUACCACUCCGCCCAUAGCUGGAUGGCAGCCUAUCGCAUGAACACUGUUUAUAUGAUGGAGUUAAUGAAGCACUAACAGGAUAUGGGAAAACUUAUGACAUAUUAGUCAUUUCAGUUGGUCUCCUAGGUAACCUGCACUUGUGUUUGACUGAAAAACAACAAAC